GGGCUACAGCAUCGUCGCGCGCCCAGACGCACGCGGGCAUCCUACUAGCUGGAGUUCGGAGAGCACUCGUCCGUUCGUUUGGUCUUCUUGUGAUUUCUCAUCUUUUCUUUUGUAUAGUUUUACCCUGAAAGGAAAUUAAUCUGAGGUUCAUGGUUUCGGUUCUCUUCCGCAAAUUUGGAGUACAUUUGGGUCGGAUCGUUUUACGCAUGAAGUCAGCUGGAUGUGUACUGUAUGUCGGACCUCAUGCCCCCGAUGUUUUAAAUGGAUUUUAAUACAGUGGAAAUACCUUUGGAAUAAAUUACGAUUUGUGUUUUUAAAUUAGGUCUAUACGUUCUAUUAAUACAUUUUAAACAAGACAUCAUACGGAUUGAAACGCAAUGAUCUUGGUCACUCUUUAUGUCGUUCUGCCUCUUUUAGAUGUUUUGUAUGCCCAGGAGAAUGCCCUUUCUGGUCCAAACCGGCUUGACUGUGUCAAGGCGAGUGAUCAGUGUAUGAAGGAGCAGGGAUGCAGCACCAAGUAUCGGACAAUGAGACAGUGCGUUGCUGGGGGGAAGGAGAGAAACUUUAGCAUGGUGGCCGGACGGGAGGACGAAUGUCGGAGUGUCAUGGACGCACUCAAGCAGAGUCCUCUGUACAACUGCAGGUGUAAAAGGGGUAUGAAGAAAGAGAAGAACUGUCUUCGCAUCUAUUGGGGAAUCUACCAGACUUUGCAGGGAAACGAUUUCUUGGAGGACUCUCCUUAUGAGACCAUGAAUAGCCGGCUGUCUGACAUAUUCCGACUAGCCCCCAUUAUUUCAGAGGAAAGGGUGAGCAGCGACCCCUGGAGCGGCCCCAGCACCAUGCCCACAGGGAGGGGUCCCCAGGGCAGGGGCCGAGCAGUGGAGGACCCGGGUAGAAACAGGAGAGCUCAUCCCAAUUGGGCAAUUCUUGGAGAGCCUGCGGUGACGAGGGAGAACAACUGUCUGAACGCGGCCAAGGCCUGCAACCUGAACGACACGUGUAAGAAGUAUCGGUCAGCCUACAUCAGCCCUUGCACCAGUCGUGUCUCCACGGCAGAGGUGUGCAACAAGCGCAAGUGCCACAAAGCCCUGCGGCAGUUCUUUGACAAGGUGCCGCCAAAGCACAGCUACGGCAUGCUGUUCUGUUCCUGUCCCGCCGAGGAUCAGUCGGCCUGCUCCGAGCGCCGGCGCCAAACUAUCGUGCCGGUCUGCUCUUAUGAGGACAAGGAGAAGCCAAAUUGUCUCGCCCUGCAGGCCUCUUGCAAGACCAACUACAUCUGCAGAUCCCGCCUGGCUGAUUUCUUUGCCAACUGCCAGUCUGAGCCGCGUUCCCUCUCCGGUUGUCUGAAGGACAACUACGCCGACUGCCUGCUUUCCUACUCAGGCCUCAUUGGCACUGUGAUGACACCCAACUACCUGCGCUUCCCUAAGAUCAGUGUUGUUCCCUACUGUGACUGCAGCGGCAGUGGUAACAACAAGGAGGAGUGUGACAAGUUCACCGAGUUCUUCACAGACAACACCUGUCUCCGCAAUGCUAUACAGGCAUUUGGGAACGGGACAGACGUGGGAGUGUGGCAGCCCAUGCCUCCGGUGCAGACCACCACCUCCACCACCACUCCUUCCCAGAAGGCUAAAGACCGCUCCUCCAACUCCCUGGAUGCCGCCACAAACACCAACCAACUGAACACUGGGGAGGAGUCCCUCUAUCACUUCUGUGGAAGCUUGCAGGCUCAGAAACUAAAGUCCAAUGUCUCAGUCGAUGGAGUGCUUUGCGUGGACCCACAGAUUGAUGAUCCUGGUACUUCCAACUCCAUCUCCAGAAAUUCAGCCGGGCUACUGUCCUCUCAGACACACCUCUGCUCACUUCUAAUCCUGUUGAUUGUGCUGCUAAACUGCACCCUGGCGGCACAUGCAGUCUUGUAGCCAUGCUACCUUUCAAAACCGUGGAAAGACUCAAUUUGUAUAAAGAAGAAAUUCUAUUCUCUGUUCCCAGUAUACCUUGUUGUAUUUUUAUUUCACUUCUCUCCGAUUCCUUUUUUUAAUUCUAGUUUGAAGAGGCUUACGUUGAAGCUGUGUGCUAAAGUGAUCUCAGUGUAACUCAGUUUCGCUGUUUGCUCUCGUUUCUGUUUUCUAAAGGGACAUUCUUCUGUGCCGGUCACUGGGCGAUCAUGAAAAUGCAUUGCGACAUUCCAGUACAGAAUGACUGCCUGGUGGCUUUUCAGUCAUUCACAUGGGAUAUAAUGUAUUAAUAUUGGUAAUAUCAUUAAGAGGGCGCUUUUAUCCAAGUGGCUGUGUGUUGAGGCUGAGGUCUUUAAAGCAAAAAGUACCCAAAACUUUGAUAGUAGUGGUUUAAAUGAGGUAGGCAGCUUUUUAAGUGUCAAUAUAUCUCAUCUGUGGCGUGCAUGUGUUUUGAUAUGGUGUCUGCCAUCCUUUGACAUUUGAGAAGCAUUAGGAGAUGGGGAUGUGUAGAUGGCUAGACCACAAUGGAGUCUUGGCAUUAGAACUUUGCUGUAAAAUGGUUAUGAAACUCCUUAUUCGGUUGGGACUGCUUUUUGUUACCAACUCAGCCUUCUGCAGCAAAACACACAUAUUAAGAGCUUACUUUGACAUUGUAGCUCGGGAUCAUAUGCGCAUGCAAAAAGCACACAUGCAAAGACCAGCACACAGAUACAGUACACACUCAAAUCCACAUGUCAAGACUGGUUUAUCGCUAACAUGUGAUAUGCUAUUUGAGUGGACCGUUGGGUUAUAUGGCAAUUGUACAUUAUAGAAUUGAACAUUAUUUUGGUUUAUCAAAGUAGUUGACAUAUUUUCUGUAUAAAGGAUGAAAGGAGGGAAUGGGUCUAGGGUUUCAGCUAGACACAUUCUUACCUGAAUUUGGUUAUGGGUGCUAUACUCUGUUCUGUAAGCAUCGUAAAGAGCUGUGGAGCUGCUGGCAUCAGCCAUACAUGAUGACACUGAGUUUCUCAUAAUCAACGCUUUAUUGUGUACACUGUAAUAACACACAAUCAUUCAACAAACUAGCAUUCAUCUGCUCAAUGUAUUGUUAUAUUGCCUACACAAUAAAACAAUCAAUCUUAUUGAAGUGAAGACUUAUA